ACGGUUAUAAUACUCAAAGUGUGGUCUAAUACGGUCCUUUUUUAAUUCUUCGGUUCUUCUAUUCAGGACCUCAAAGUCUCUUCGAUCAAUGAAUCCAACUCUGAAACAGAAGCUCAAAAAUCUGCUUCGUGGGUAGUCUCAAAACUGAGAUUUUAGCAUAUGGGUCGAGAUUGAACAGACACUAGACUGUAGAAUACAGGAAUGCGCUCAGUUUUUGUUUGAAAUGACUGUGAUUUUUUCACAUUUUGGGUCCUCUUGCAGUCGGCUUUUUGUUCAAAUGGUGGUUUUAGAGCGUAGGUGUUGUUGAUUUACGAGUUUGUACUUCUGGGUUUUUCUUAUCAUGGCUAGGCGUAAUGGAUGGCAAUUCCCUGUCCACACUUUUCAGAUUGUGGCAAUAACAGUUUUCUUCUUGCUAUCUGUUGCAUACUAUGCCUUUUUUGCUCCAUUUCUUGGAAAGGAUAUCUAUGAAUAUGUGGCUGUUGGUGUUUAUUCUGUCUUGGCACUCGCUGUAUUCAUUCUCUAUGUACGAUGCACUGCUAUUGAUCCUGCUGAUCCUGGAAUUCUGCUUGAGGUUGAUGAGACAGCAACACAUAAGUCACAAAAUGAAAAAGAUAUUCCCGGAAAUGCAUCUUCUAUUGAAGAACCUAGCAAGAUAAGUUUAAAAGAUGGAGGAAAAUCAAGUAGAAAUAGUUCAAGUUGGUGUUCAAAAGUUGGGGGUUUCUUUUGUGGUUUUCUUGUGAAACAAGAUUGCUGCAGUGAUGAAGAUAUUCUUCAGCAACAAUCUGGAGAGGACGCUUUAUUCUGCACAUUGUGCAAUGCUGAGGUGCGCAAGUUCAGCAAACAUUGCAGAAGUUGUGACAAAUGUGUUGAUGGAUUUGAUCACCAUUGUCGGUGGCUGAACAAUUGUGUGGGAAGGAAGAAUUACAUAACCUUUGUGAUCCUUAUGGCAACUAGCCUCAUUUGGCUGGUUGUUGAAUUUGGAGUUGGCAUUGCUGUCCUUGUCCGGUGUUUUGUAGAUAGAAAGGGUAUGGACCAUCAAAUAACAGAGAAGCUUGGCAUUGGAUUCUCCCGUCCCCCCUUCGCUACUGUUGUGGCAGUGUGCACAGCUGUGUCUCUGCUCGCCACUGUGCCAUUGGGAGAACUGUUCUUUUUCCACAUGAUUCUUAUUCGGAAGGGUAUCACAACAUAUGAGUAUGUUGUUGCUAUGAGAACUCAAAGCGAACCGCCUGGACCAUCUGUAGAUGGAGGAGAUCAGCAAAGUCUCCCAUCAUCACCAACCAGUUCAGCUGUGACUGCUGUGAGUGGAAGAAGCUCUAUUGGAAUGAGCUUGCAAUAUAAAGGUGCAUGGUGUACCCCUCCAAGAAUUUUUAUGGACCACCAGGAUGAGAUUAUUCCACAUUUAGAGCCAGGGCGCCUACCAUCUACAGUUGACCCAGAUGCAAUACAAGAAGUUGACAAGGGCAAAAAAUUGCCACAGCGCCCAGUUCGAAUCAGUGCCUGGAAACUUGCAAAGUUGGAUUCAAAUGAGGCAAUUAAAGCAGCUGCUAAGGCUAGAGCAUCAUCAUCAGUGCUACGUCCAAUAAGUUCUAGACAUAAUCCAUAUGACACGGAUAAUUUAUCUAGCAGCAAUGCUAGUGGAAGGAGCAGUCCUAUUAGUACAAAUCAGGGGUUCCAUAAUAGAAAUGCUAGAACAGGGACAGCAAGAGUAUCUCCUUCUAGGAGCAAUUCAUAUGCACCCAGUCAUGCUAGUAGGGAUGAUACUGAAACAUGCAACCAGAGUCUUAGCAACAUCAGUACUGUUAAUGUCUCCCAUCUCACUGCCUCUCCAUUACACCAGCAAACUUCAAACAGGAACCACCUGAACCCCAUGUAUCUGUCAUCAGGAAACCAAUCUCCUUGUUCCAUAAGGCCAGGUGAAGCAAAUGGGAAUGCACCCCAGGAAAAUGCGGCACAAAUUCAUUCAAGAAGAAACUUGGGUGUAAUGGAGAAUUUGAGUACGUCAGUCUUUUGGGAUCCUGAAGCAGGACGGUUUGUCUCAUCGUCCAGAGGUGUUGGUUCUUCACAGGUUCCUGGAACAGAGCUUUUGUACACAGAUCAAUCUAUAUUCUUUGGUGGCCCUCUUGUGAAUGAGCCGCUAGGCAGAGGGACAAGAAGUGGUAGUUCAAUGGCACCUGGCCUAGAUAGAGGAUCCACAUUGAGUCAUUACCAGCAGGGCAGAUCACAGAGGGGUGGCCAACUUCCUGUAUUCGUUCCAAGUGAUUCUCAGCAAAACCAAUUUUCUUCUAGAUUGCCUUAAAAGCACAAAAAUGUGAGAUUAGUAAUUUGUUUUACAAAUGGAUAGAGUCUGGGAUCCUUUAUCUGAUUUUCAUAUUCCACAGUGCAGUGUGUUUGAUCUCUCUCUA